AUGGCACCUCUUGUGGAUGAAUCCAUCGAGACUCGACUGUUCAUCAAUGGCGAGUUCCGAACAUCAUCUGAUGGCAAGGCUUUCGAAGUGGUUUAUCCCUAUACCGGAGAGGUAGUUGCGCAAGUGCAAGAAGCCAAUACGCAAGAUGUAGAUGAUGCCGUUGCUGCUGCUAGCACAGCGUUUCCAGCCUGGCGAGACCUGGGCACUGACAAGCGUGGCGCAUAUCUGCGCAAACUUUCUCAGCUCAUUCUGGAAUCAAACAAUGAGCUCGCAAAACUAGAGACACUUUCUACAGGCCGCCCAAUCUCGCAAUAUUUUGACGCUGGGACAGCUGCCGAGUUCUUCGCGUACUUCGCUGGGGGCGGUUGGACCGCACAGGGGACAGCCAGUCUCAACACACCCGACCACCUUAACAUGACUGUCAAGCAGCCGUAUGGCGUGGUGGCGCUUAUCAUCCCCUGGAACUUCCCACUCGUUAUAUUUGCUGGGAAGGUGGCACCGGCGCUGGCGGCGGGAAACACCGUUGUGCUAAAGAGCAGCGAAAAGGCGCCUUUGACGUCUCUUUACAUAGCAAAGCUGGUUGAGAAAGCUGGCUUUCCACCCGGUGUCAUCAACAUCAUCUCCGGCUUCGGCGACCCUGCCGGCUCAGCGCUGGCAUCUCACAUGACCGUCCGUUGUAUCAGCUUCACUGGUUCCUCGGCAACAGGCCAGAAGAUUCAAGUUGCUGCUGCGAAGACAAAUCUUAAACAUGUGCAUAUGGAGCUGGGUGGAAAAUCACCGGCAAUAAUCUUCGAAGAUGCGGAUCUGAAGACAGCCGUUGAGCAGACUCAGUUCAGCAUUCGGUUCAACAGUGGACAAGUGUGCACUGCAAACUCAAGAAUCUAUGUGCAGGAGUCGGUGGCUGAGCAAUUCAUCAAGUUAUUUCGGGAACAAUUUGGUGCUGUUCGGAUGGGCGAUCCACUCGACCCUGCCACCUUGCAUGGCCCGCAGAUUGAUAUACUGCAGUAUAACCGGAUUAAAGAGUAUCUUGCUGUUGGGGAGAAGGACGGGAAGCUUACAAUAGGUGGUGAUGCGAACGACGGGUUCUUUGUGCAGCCGACUAUCUUUGAGGGUGUUUCAGGGGACUCGCGGCUGAUGCAGGAAGAGAUAUUUGGUCCUGUUGUGGCAAUCAACACAUUUUCAGCCGAGGCUGAAGCUAUUGAGAAGGCGAACAAUUCGGAUUUUGGUCUGUAUGCUGCUGUCUUCACAAAGGACCUUGACCGUGCUGUUCGUGUGGCCAAGGCCUUGGAUGCCGGUACUGUUGGGGUGAACUGCACCAGCCCAACUAAUGCUAAGGAUACUGCUUUUGGUGGGUUCAAGAUGAGUGGCAGUGGUCGAGAGGGGCUUUUGCACAGCCUUGACAUUUUCCUUGAGACUAAAAGCAUAUUGAUCAAGAUAGCACGUCUGUGA